AUGGAUACCACGCUCGCCGUGGAGACCGGAAUCCUUCUAGGCGCACUCAGUGCAGCAGCUGGGAAACUGACCGAGGCACGAUUGGAUGGUCUGGACGAGGAGGUCGACGCGUGGCUACCUAUAGAACUCUUGACCGUGGUCCUUGCCGCCUCAAUAUACAUUAUCUGGAUACACACAUCCAUGUCCCGCGUAACGGACACCUCCAGCAAGCCUGAUGCAAUACCCGAUCGCUCCGACUCUCCUCGGCCGCCCAGCGAGCGAGAAAGCAAGCGUGGCGCGCCAUUACUACAAAAGUUGCCCAGCUAUAGCACUAAUACGGCCGCGCGCGAACGGCAGGCUCUGGUCUUCAUGACGGUGCCCAAGAACUACAGAGAUGCGCCGGAUGAUGGCAUCGUGACGGGCUUGGUGCUGAGCCCACUCAUCUCGGCCGCGCUAUUCUACAACACACUCGCAGAUCGACGUGUGCUUCCUGGAUGGCAUAUAGAACCGCCAAUGAUGCUCCCUGUAUCAUCACUCAGCCCGAUCGACGCUGUUGUUCGUUCGCGUGCAGCCGCCAUCGACCUCGGUACACUAUGCUCCGCCGCUCUGCUGCUACACGUCGGCGCAAGCGUUGCGUUCGAAGCACGUUUCCGCAAAACGCACCCCGUUCCGGACGGCGAGCGCGGAUCAGUACCACGAAGCGAGAUGCGGAAAGCAGGCUACUAUAUUGCCUUCGUCUUUUUCUCGACUCUGUCUUUGCUCGCAAUACGCAUCACGCUACCGGUCUUUGGCAUCGGCAUUUGGACGCGCCUCAGCUUAUGGGAUUUCGCGAGCCUAGCACUAUUCUAUCAGUUCAGCCUGUACAUUGCGGUCCGCCUUGCACAUCACGCUUUGACACUUGGCGAGCUCGCGAUCAUUGCAUUCGGCGCGACCGCGCUCUUCUCUGAGCUAGCGCAUUUGACCCUCGCCCGGCUCCUUCCAGGCGCAACGCCCUUCCUGCGCACAUUCCGCCUCGCAACCCCGCUUUUGACAUUCCACAUCGCCCUGAUCCCCGGAAGUCUUCUCACCGGCUUCCUCCUCUCGCCGCUUCUCGCUCUCAGCAGACAUAUCGCGCGGCAGCCUCUGCGCCGGCUGAAGCACCCCGCAGAGAAGGAGCGACAGAGGAAGUGGAUGGCCUUCGGGUUCUACGUCGGAACAGUGAUGAUCGUCUUCGGUCUUAUCGGCUCUUGGGCCCGUUGGGUUCUCGGCGGGCGUGAUCCGUGGCUAUGGGCGCUUCGCUCUAUCCUCGAAGGCCCGCGAGCGUGGACGCGACCUGCGCUGCUCGCGUACUGGGGAGCGCUCGGCAGUAUAUCGGUCGCAGGAUGGAACAGGCAACUCGCGCGCAGCCGGCGCUUACGGCCUCGGCCGGCGAACGCGCCUAGCGCCCAACCAGGAAGCGCUGGCGCAAUAGCCAACGAAGCGCCGCCGAGCGAGCCGGGGUCGCCAGCGAUGGGCAGCGGCAGCGAAGCCGAGCGCGCGAACGCGGCCGUCCCGCUCAGCAUGGCGGCGCUCCCAACGAGCACGGCCUUCGCCUUCCCCGACAUAUCCGCCCUCCCCUCCGUCUCAGCCGCCUCGUCCGAAUGGCUCGACGCAGCCGACAGGCGCGUCCCCACGCUCGGCCUCAACGGCCGCCGCAAGUUCUUCCACUUGCUCGCCGUGCUCAUGUUCGUCCCCGGCGUCGCGGUGGAUCCGGCGUUCACGCAUCUGGCUAUCAGCGCGGCGUUCGCGCUGUUCGCGUUUGCAGAGUUUGCGCGGUACUUUGCGCUGUGGCCGGUGGGCGCUGCUGUGCAUGUGUUUGUGAGCGAGUUUUUGGACGCGAAGGAUAUGGGGGCUGCGGUUUUGAGCCAUUUCUAUCUGUUGACGGGGUGUGGGUGUGCGAUUUGGUUCGAGGCACCUUCGCCUCUACUUGCAUAUACCGGGAUCCUCACAGUCGGGGUCGGCGAUGCAGUGGCCUCAGUCUACGGCAAGCGCUUCGGCCGCAUCCGCUGGACAGCCGGAACACCCAAAACAGUCGAAGGCUCGCUCGCUUUCACGCUGAGCGUAGCAGCCUUCGCAGGCUUAUUGUACUUGUGCGGGUUCAUCCCGAAGUUCUCCGGUGCGCGGUACAUCGGCGCGAUUGCACUGGGUAGUGUUUUGGAGGGCGUGAGCGGACAGAACGAUAAUGUUGUACUUCCGGUGUAUGUGUGGAGUUUGUUGGCGUUGAGCGAUGUGUAG